AUGCAAAUAACGUUAUUUAUCACGGUGUUUCUUUCCUUCAUUCAAGUCAUCCUGUCAAUUACAGUGAAAGAUAUUAGGGAUUGUCCGGCUAUCGCUCCGCAUGCACCGCCCAGAAAUAUACAUGAUCUAAGAGUAGACGAUAUUACCGUCAUUGCUGCAUUGGGCGACAGUGUCACCGCUGGUAUGGAUAAAGGGGCACCAUCAAUCUCAAACCUCGUCAAACAUUUCCAACCUUAUUUACAUGGUUCUUCACUUGGCGCGAAACCUGCAAGAUUAUGCCCCAAAACAUUUUUCUGUCUUGAUAGUCAUCACGAUCCCAGUAUCGAUUUUCUGAAUGCAGCUCAAUCAGGGGCAACCAGUCAAGAACUAGAAGAACAAGUAGAUUAUUUAUCACAACGCAUUGGCUUUAAUACGCCAUUGGCCAAACACUGGAAGCUAAUCAAUGUCUUUAUCGGAUUUAAUGAUGCCUCUAUCUCUUGUCUACCCGGUAAAUCCGUCGACGGAUACAAGGCAAAUGUGAAAAAUAGUCUCCGAAAGCUGAUUGAAAAUGUAGAUUAUGCAUUCAUCAACCUUGUGGGUAUUAUGCAAUACAGCGAUCUUAUUCAUCUCACGGAUCAGCAACCAGGUUACAAGAAAAAAUUUGUCAAUGACACGAUUGACUUACUUGAUUUCGAAUGCUACUGUUGCAGACAUCCUCAUGGUGGCACGAAAUUUAUUUCUGAACGUGUAGUCGAAUAUAAUCAAGCCUUGUCUGAAAUUGCACAAGAACUGACAAGCUCCAAGAUCAAUGAUAUGAUCAAGCCAUAUUUGGGUGAAGUCAAGAAAAACAUUGCGGUUGUUUAUCAACCCAUGAACCCUGAUACAUCCACGGUGCCUCCAUAUGCUUUAAGGUAA